AUGGUACGAAUUACUGUAGAACUUAUUCGAAAAAAAUCGGAGCAUAAUGAAGGUGAAAUAUCGACGUUGGAAGAAAUUUCCCUACAUCAAGAAAACAUUGAGAAAAUUGAACUGAUAGAUAGACUGUGUAGACACUUGACAAUACUUUUACUACAAAAUAAUUUAAUAGCUAAGAUAGAAAAUUUGAAUAUGCUGAAGAAACUUGAGUAUUUGAAUUUAGCACUCAAUAAUAUUGAAGUUAUUGAAAAUUUAGAAGGACUGGAAAGUCUUGAAAAGUUAGAUUUAACUCUGAAUUUCAUUGGAGAUUUGCGAAGUAUUAAGAGCUUAAGGCAUAAUGAGAACUUGAGACAGCUUUUUUUAACAGGAAAUCCAUGUGCUGAUUAUUCUGGCUACCGUGAUUACGUAAUAGCAACAUUACCACAAUUAAAGGAACUCGACAUGACGGAAAUCACACGAUCAGAACGAAUUACAGCACUUCAAAGGCACGCGGAAAUUGAGGGAGAUGUCAUUAGAGACUACAGAAGUUAUGCCAAGCUAAGAGCAAAACAAAUUCAUCAUCACCGUCAACAGGAAGAAUUUAAAAACCGCAAGGCUAAUAAUGACAAUGGAAACCAUCAACACAACAACGAUAAUGAAACAGAGAAUCAUCAUAAUAAUGAUAAUGAAAGUGAUGGUUAUGACAAUGAACAAGAGAAUGAACAAUUUUGGAAUACUAAAAGCUAUCAUACACCUGAAGAACGAAUUGCUAUUGCUGAAAGAUCACAAAAAAUCAUGGAAAAAAGAAACCAAACUCAUCAUGAUCAACCUCACAAAACGAAAUACAUUCCUAAAUUAUUUAGCCCUGAAGGACUACCUUAUAAUCUUAACCAACCAAAGGUUCCUUUUGUUCUGAAUGAUGAAGAUGAUGGAGAAAAUAUUUAUCUAGAUGUUACUAUCUACAAACAUCUAGACUCAUCACUCUUAGAGGUGGAUAUUCAGCCCAGUUAUAUAAGAGUAACUAUCAAAGGAAAAAUUUUACAAUUGAGGCUCCCCUGUGAAGUAUUAACAGACAAAAGUUUCGCCAGGAGAAAUGUCAUCACUGGGAAUUUAAUUAUAACUAUGCCACGUUUGGAUCCAUUGCCAACUAUAGCAAAACCACCAAAUUAUUCAGACAAGAAAUCUCUAAAGGAUAAUAAAUCUCAGAUUGUUAGAUCUGGUGUGUUAUCAACUAAACGAGAACUUUUAGAAAUUGGUCCACCGAAGGAUGACAUGGACUUUUCUAAAAUAUAUCAAGAUCCUAAAAAGUCACACAUCAUUUCUCAUGUAAAUAAAACACAUAAUGAAGUUGUUACUGAUAAUUAUGUUGAUAAUCCAGAAGUUCCACCACUGGAAUGA